UAGAAGUAGAUUGAUGGUAGUAGAUCAUGCUUGUAUAAUGCCGUUGAGCCAGAUACCACUUCUACUUCCUUGUCAGGUCGUUAGGACCUGGUAUCUUUACCAUGAUAGCAUGUUUGGUAAAGGCACUAAGUCACUUCUUGUUCCUGAUGUUGACUGAAAGAAAAAAUCUGUAACACAAAGAAAAAGUUUCAACCUAACCUUUGAUAUCGACUUCGCUCUGGUGCAGCAAAGAUAGAGGGGGUGACGAUCUAGCAGGGUGAUCCAUGGAGCUAGUGUAUGUCACCAUCACUGCUCUAUGUGUUUGGGGAUUCCUUUCUGUGUAAACUGAACCUGGCAUAAUUUCGCAUCGAGGUUUGCAUUAUUUGCAAUUGAUUCUGAGACCACCACGACAAACCAUCCUUGAUCCUUCUGCCUGGGAGUACGAGUAGAUCACACAGGAGCACCACCGGGAAUUUUUCUAGCCGCACCGGCCGCACGAGGACGACCAGACGCGAAAAAAGUACUACUAAAAUCUUGGGAAUCUCGAGGACGAAAUACAAUGUCCUUACUUUAUCGCAAGUACAACAAGAACAAUAACUAAUUAUCGAACUUCUACUUCUUUCUUGGGACGACUCUGAAGUUUCAGGUGUCCUUGUCGUUGUCCUCAUCUCAUCUAGAAGCAG